UGUUCGUAUUUCGUUCAGUUGAAGACAAGUCGGAAGCUGAAGAGCUGAAGGUUGUGUUAGGUUAUCUGAGGAAACCUGAUUUUAUUUUAGUAGGCUCAAGUUAAAACAGUUGAGAAUAUGGUGUCUGAAGAUAAACUUAAACAAUUAAUUGAAUUAAAAACUAAACAAAGAGCAGCAUUAAAAGCUGAGUUCGUGAAACAUUACACUAAUCCUCACAGAUAUGCAACCGGAGAAGGUGGAUCCAUAUUUGACGCUGGUAUUCAAAGAUGGAUGGCGAUGGAAGCAACCAAGUACAAUUUCUUCAAACCUACUACAAAAAAUGCAGUUAUCGGCUUUGCCGUAUACUUGCUGCCUGUUGGGAUAACUAUGUACUUGGUGAAGACACAAAGAGAAGCUAAAGAGCGGAAAUUCCGGUCUGGAAUGGUCUCUUACAGGGACAGAGAGUACAAAUUUAUUUAAAUCUAAACUUCUUUGUUAAUUGAAAAUUAGAAUAUCUGCUUGUAUGUAAUUAUUAUAAAUAAAAGUUACUUAAAACUAGUAA